UCAGGGAGAGCAAGCAAGUCACAGCCCCAGCCAGACUGCCUAGGGUAAUGAAAAUGUCGCACCACGGGGCAGAGGAUGGGAGCUGUUGAAAGAUCCUUUGGGGUGAUGGACGUGCGGGAGCUCAGAGGACAGAGAAGGGUGUGAAGGCGGAGCCCUAUGGAGAGCCCAACAGUGCAGCCGUACGUUGACGUGGACAAGGGGUUUGCCAUUGGGUUUGUCAUCCUGAUGUGCUUCUUCCUGAUGGCCAUGAUCGUGAGGUGCGCCAAGCUUAUCGUGGACCCGUACAGCGCCAUCCCCACCUCCACGUGGGAGGAGGAGCAGAUCAAUUGACUGGCAAUAAAGGGGAGGGAAAUUGCUAAUCAAUUCUAUGUGUUUGACUCCUUUGCCAUCCCUGUAAUCCCUGCCCCUGCAGGGAAAAUGAAGAUUCCGUAGUUUAAAUUGUGCAUUUGACAGAAUCUAACACUAAUGAUAAUGCUCGGUACCCUCCAUCUGAGGGCCUCCAAGCACGUUGCAAU